AAAAAAACUUGCAAAUUUUCAGCCGGAACAACACGUUCGCGGACACCGCCUGCUCCGAAGAAAGUCGUUGCCGGAGUCAAGAAACGUCAACGUGCGGUGAGUGACUUUGGUGCGGUCGGUGAUACGUUACCCGAGUUGAACAGUGAGGAUUUGGUGGAUCACAUCCGGAACGAUGCAAGGAUUAAACCGCCAAUGACGCUUGAUAAGGGAACAGUGAAUGGAGGAGGUGCCGACUUGAAGUUACCGGCAAGUUCGAUGUAUAGAUUUGACACAGCUACGGAUGAUGAAGACGAGGAUGCGAUGCAUCGAAGUAAUGAUUAUUCCAUAUCGAACGCGAUGAGUACGUCUUAUUCACGCCAGGAUCGUAUCCAUCAGCAACAAAAUCAUAUUGUUAUCACUUCGAGUAAAUGGUCGAAUUCGAAUGGUCGUCCUUCAACAGCACUCUCGUCUUUGACAGAUGCCAGUUCACCUGUGGGGAUGAUGGAUAAUUCCGGGAUGCCAACGAAUUCGGACUGGGCCGAUGACCUGGACGAUUCAUAUGAUGAAAGGUGUUCGGAUGUUAUUGCGGUUCGUUUGGAUCGAAAUGAAGCCGGAAGCCUUGGGGUACAAAUAGCGUCGAGUGGUGGCGCUGUCUUCGUGAAACAAAUCACUGCUGAACCGGCCAUUUCGAACCCGAAUAUUCAAGUCGGUGAUAGAAUUAUCACGGUGAACGGUGAACGAAUCGAAAGUUUAACGCAUCAGCAAGUGGUAGAGCUAUUGAAAGGUGCUGGCGAAUCAGUGGUACUUGGCAUUCAACGAUCACUUGACUACAGCACCGAGUUAACGUCCUCUUCUGAUGCCACCACUAAUGAAAAAACGAUCACUGUUGUUCUCGAAAAAUCUCCAACCGGAUCAUUGGGACUGAGUUUAGCCAAGAAGACUGGAUACGAUGGAAUAUUCAUACGGAUGAUAGGUUCGGGGAGUGCAGCAGAUAUUGAUGGAACGUUGCGUGUUGGUGAUAAAAUUUGGCAAGUAAAUGGACAGUCUGUGAAUAAUUACACACCUGGUGCUAUUGUUAACCUUUUGAAAAGUGCUGACAACCCAGUUGAGAUUAUUGUAAAACGAACAAUUACCAAACAGGGUUGA